CUGCAAAAAACUUCAUCUGUACAUUAAGGCGUGUGGCAUCACGUGCACCGGGCAGUCUGUUGGGGUUUUUUUCUUCCUCUUUGCCGUUCAACAGGACCCAAAACAUGGGAUUGAAGUUGUACUAAAUAUGGAUGACACUCCUCUCCCCUGCGAAGCGUUAGCCUGCUGCGGUUGUGCUGAGACUGCUCGACGCGCUGAGCUCCAUUGAGAACAGGUUUAAAGGGCUUGAAUGCCUUCUGCUGAGGCAAGGCAUCCACCGGCCACUCUGUGCAUGCCCUCUGCCGCGGCCCGCUGGCCUUUGUGUCGCCCAACAAUGAUGGCACCGCGGCACCGCGGCCAGGGAGGCAGCAUUGUUCACCACGGGCCAAUGGGAACGCAACGAGGCGCACGUUCGCGUGAUGUGUGAGUUUUCUGUGCGCAUGUUCGUGUGUGUGCGCAUGGUGAGCAUGCAUGUGCGGUGAAUGUCUCUUUUGCAUCUGCUCUGUGACGAAGGGAAGCGGGGACGUCACACAAAGAGGGAGCCAAUCACACAUUAGCUGUUUGGAUUUAUGCCAGGGCGUUUAGGCUUGUAAGACUUAAGUACAAGUGGCAAAAGUCUGUUUUUUUUUUCCCCCCUCCCCCCAAGAAAAAGCCCAGCUGAGACGAGAUGCCCUACACGCCGUCUGGCUUUUUCUGCGACCGGCUGAUCCGGGAACGAGAGAGGAGAGACGGGGAAGGCUCCCUGAACAAGCCGCAGCGCUUCAACAGCCAGGACUUCGCCGCCCUGCGACAGGAGUGCCUGCAGCGGAAGAGCCCGUUCGAGGAUGAGUCCUUCCCGGCCACCGUGGAGUCGCUGGGCUUCAAGGAGCUCGGACACAAGUCCAACAAGGUCAAGAACAUCGUCUGGAAGAGGCCCAAGGAAAUCUGCGAAAACCCGCAGUUCAUUGUGGGAGGAGCCAGCCGGACAGACAUCUGCCAGGGAGAUCUCGGUGACUGUUGGCUGCUGGCUGCCAUCGCCUGUCUCACCCUGAACGAGAAGCUCCUCUACCGCGUCGUUCCCCACGAGCAAAGCUUCUCCGAGGGCUACGCCGGCAUCUUCCACUUCCAGUUCUGGCGUUAUGGCGACUGGGUCGACGUCGUCAUCGACGACCGCAUCCCCACCUUCAACAACCAGCUGGUCUUCACCAAGUCGGCCGAGAGGAACGAGUUCUGGAGCGCCCUGCUGGAGAAGGCCUAUGCCAAGCUGCACGGCUCCUACGAGGCGCUGAAGGGCGGGAACACCACCGAGGCCAUGGAGGAUUUCACCGGCGGCGUCACGGAGUUCUACGAGAUGAAGGAGGCGCCCAAAGAGCUCUACAAGAUCAUGAAGAAGGCUCUGGAGAGAGGCUCGCUCAUGGGCUGCUCCAUCGACUCCCUGGUCCCCGCCCGCUUCGAGACUCGCACGGUGACGGGACUGGUGAAGGGCCACGCCUACUCCGUGACGGCAGUGGAGGAGUGUAAACCGUCGCAGCACAAGGACUCUAAAGUUCGUCUGGUGCGUCUCAGGAACCCGUGGGGUCAAGUGGAGUGGAACGGCCCCUGGAGCGACAACUCUAAGGAGUGGGCCACGUUGUCCAAGGCCGAAAAAGAGAAGCUGCAGCACCAGAGCGCCGAGGAUGGAGAGUUCUGGAUGUCGUUCGAGGACUUCAAGAAGAACUACACCAAGAUUGAGAUCUGUAACCUCACGCCCGACGCCCUGGAGGACGACAAGAUCCACAAGUGGACGGUGUCGGUGAACGAGGGCCGCUGGGUGAGAGGCUGCUCCGCCGGAGGCUGCAGGAACUAUCCAGACACCUUCUGGACCAACCCUCAGUACCGCCUGCGUCUGCUGGAGGAGGACGACGAGCCCGAGGACAACGAGGUGGGCUGCACCUUCGUCGUGGCCCUGAUGCAGAAGAACCGGCGGAAAGAGCGCAAGAUGGGGGCCAACCUCUUCACCAUCGGAUUCGCCAUCUACGAGGUGCCGAAGGAGAUGCACGGCAACAAGCAGCACAUGCAGAAGGACUUCUUCCUGUUCAACUCCUCCAAGGCGCGCUGCAAGUCCUACAUCAACCUGCGCGAGGUGACGCAGCGCUUCCGCCUGAGCCCCGGGGAGUACGUCAUCGUCCCCUCCACGUACGAGCCGCACCAGGAGGGCGAGUUCAUCCUGCGCGUCUUCUCCGAGAAGAAGAACACCUCAGAGGAGAUAGAGAACAGGAUCGAGGCGGACCAUCCAGUGGUAAGUCUCCUUCCCUAUUCUGCCAGAGUUUGCAGAGUGAUGGUAUUGAGGUCUCUUGGCUUUUUUAUUUUCCCCCUCACAAAACAUGAUCUUCACAUGUUUUUCUUUUUUUCACAUCUCUCCCCCCCCCCCCCCCCCCUUUGUCUCUUCUAUCUCUUUCUGCUUUGUGGCUCCAUGACGCCUCAGCCGGCGCCGUCCUCGGCGGGGGAAGAGAGCGAGGAGGACCAGCAGUUCCGGACUAUUUUUCAGGAGAUAGCUGGAGACGAAAUGGAAAUCACAGCCAACGAACUGAAAAAUGUUCUCAACAGAGUGAUCACCAAACAUAAGGACCUGAACACGGAGGGCUUCAGUCUGGAGAGCUGCAGGAGCAUGAUUGCUCUGAUGGACAUGGACGGGACAGGUAGACUCAAUCUCCAGGAGUUCAGACAUCUGUGGAACAAGAUCAAACAGUGGCAGGGAAUCUUUAAACACUACAACGCUGACCAGUCCGGCAGCAUCAACAGCUACGAGAUGAGGAACGCUGUCAACGACGCAGGCUUCCGUCUCAACAACCAGCUGUACGACAUCAUCACCAUGCGCUACGCCAACGAGACCAUGAACAUCGACUUCGACAGCUUCAUCAGCUGCCUGGUGCGGCUCGAGGCCAUGUUCAGGGCGUUCCAGGCCUUUGAUCAGGACGGAGAUGGGACAAUCAGACUCAGUGUGCUGGAGUGGCUCCAGUUGACCAUGUACGCCUGAGAAAGGCCCAUCUUCUCCCAGGUGAGCUCCACUCCACACGAGGACCAGACCUGCCAGCCUUUACCUCAAUGCUCCGUGUGCCCGACCGCCGUUAGCUCCCAUCCACAUCAGCCCCCAGCCGGCCUUUCUCCUUCUCCUCCUCCUCCUCAUCCUCCUCCUCCUCCUCUCCUCCUCCUCCUCCUCCUCCUCCUCAUCCUCUGCUCUUUCUCCUCCUCAUCCUCCUCAUCCUCCUCUCAUCCUCCUCC